CAUGACAGUCACGUGAUGUGUGUAAACUUUCAAGAUGGUGACCUCAACACGUUGUAGUUCUUGGAAUUGGCGUGAAGUUCCAGCAAUGAUCUGAUUUGUUGUUAUUUGCCGCGAUGGCGGAAGAGGAUAAAGAAGAUAACCUUUCCAAGCAGAUAGAUGAGAUUGAAGUUUUGACUUCCAUAUAUGGUGAUGAGUGGCAUGUUGAAGAUGAGGCUACCCGCCACUACUACAUCGACAUACAGGGUGAUUCGGAAUCAGGGAACCUGCAACUCAGGCUGUCGGUGAUUCUGCCAGUGGAAUAUCCAAGUGCCGCUCCCCCUCAGUACCGUGUCAAUGCACCCUGGCUCCGAGGUGAAAGUCGAUUGCAGCUGGAAAAUGCAUUACAAGAUAUAUAUAUUGAGAAUCUUGGUGAGAGUAUCCUGUACUUGUGGAUAGAAGCGAGGGAGUUUCUACAAGAACUGAGCUCAAGCAGGCGAUGGAGAGUUUCUUCAAAUGUUUCUUUCCCAGCUGCAGCAGCAACUACUGACACACCAACAGUGUCCACAGACCCGUCCGAUGACCUGAUCUCGGCGUGGACAGUCCCCUCCCUGGAUGACAGGGGUGACGAGGCAGGGGGCGAUGUCGACAAGGAAAGUACAGGUGGCACUAGUCUGUCACAGUUCAUGAACAAGAAGCCUGCAGAGGAGGCCCUGUGCCCAGUCAUCUACCAUAGUGAGUUCCUGUGGGAUCGGAAAAGCAAGUUCCAGUCACAUCUCGCUGCAGUCUACAAAAAGGAAGAGAUUGAGCUGGUGAGAAAUAAGUUGCUUGAGAACAGAAAGAUAGCUGCAGCCACCCAUAACAUCGUGGCCUACAGGAUCCGAGUCCCAAACUCAGACAUCAUGUAUCAGAGCUGCGAGGACGACGGAGAAUUUGGAGCCGGAGGGAGGAUGUUGCAUCUCCUCAAUAUCCUGAAUGCGGAGAAUGUGAUGGUGGUGGUGACUCGCUGGUAUGGUGGCAUCCAUCUUGGCCCCGACAGAUUCAAACACAUCAACAACCUCUCACGGGAAAUCUUGCAUCAGCAUGGCUACAUCAAAAAGAAGGGGGAUAAGAAAGGACCUCGGACCAACAAGAAAAGGUGACGUCACUCUACAAGAUGCCACUGAGUCCGGGAUGAGAGCUAUUGUACAGGAUUUAUCUGAAGAGUAUCUUUUAAGAGCUAUCAGUGUUAAGGCUUCAUUGACCACUGGAGCAUGUGAUAUGUUAUAGAACAUUUGUAAAUAAUGCAUGGAUGUGUCAUAAGUUAGCUAAUCAUUUCUUUAUUUCGUGACAUUUAUUCCAUUUUCUUCUGCUGUCACUGAAUGGUUCCCAUCUAUUUUCAUUUGAAAUAUACAUCUACAGUUCAAAGCUAAUACAUUCGGAUUUGGAAAUGAUGUGAAAACUUUUGACACAUUUCUGUUGUGAAUGAUCUGAGCAUGUGUUUUAUUUGAUAUGGUGGCACAAAGUAUGAAAUGUACCAUUUAAUGUUUAUAACAAUAAGUAAGUAUGUUUUAAUUAAUGUCACAUGGGAUGAAGGAAGUAGGCUUUUUAGGUGCAGCUGUACUGGUAUUCUUUUAAUGUGUACAUAACUGAUUGCUUGUUAUCAGAAUAACUUCUUUUAUUGACUUUGUUUUGGACGUUGUUACAACUGAGCAGCAAGUACCGCCUAAUGUUGAUGUUUUUGUUGGCUGUAUGUUAGUGAUUCCUAUAGAAUUGUGAUAGUAUACUUUUAAGUUCAGCUGACAUUGCCUUUGUGUAAAAGUGUUAUGCCUUUUUGUGAGUGGCAUUUUAGAAGUUGGGAAGUACAAUAUAGAACAAACUUUAUGGAUAACAACUUCUUUUUAUUUGUGAGUCUCUGACGUUUCGAUAGAUUCUGGUACUGUUGUCAAUUCCUGCUUGACAAUGGUACAAGA